UGACAUUGGGGUUGUCCUUGGCAGUAUCAGGGCUUUAAAAUGCACCACCCUCCUAUACUAUCCCACCAACUUUUAAAGACGCAUCACAGUGGUUUCUGUCUCCUUUCUCUGGAACAUUCAGAGGGACAUAAAACAAAGUGUUAGCUAGGAUCGGGGCAUUACUGGUUGCCAUGUCUCUGGAAGGAGAAGUUUGUGUGGUGACGGGAGCAUGUGGAUUUCUGGGAGAGAAACUGAUCAGACUGCUGCUAGAAGAGGAGAAGCUUGCGGAGAUCCGACUGUUGGACAAAAACAUACGGUCUGAGCUCAUACAGUCUCUUGAUGAAUGCAAAGCAGAGACUAAACUAGGUCUGUUUGAGGGGGAUAUCAGGGACCGUGAGCUGUUGAGAAGAGCCUGUAGAGGAGCAACACUUGUUUUCCAUACAGCAUCUCUCAUCGAUGUCACUGGAGCAAUUGAGUACAAUGAAUUGUAUGAAGUCAAUGUUAAAGGAACAAAACUACUGAUUGAGACAUGCAUACAGGAGAACCUGGCCUCUUUUAUUUAUACAAGCAGCAUUGAGGUCGCUGGCCCAAAUCCUCGCGGUGAUCCAAUCAUCAACGGCAAUGAGGACACACCAUACACCUCCUGUCUUAAGUUUAGCUACAGCAAAACCAAGGAGGAGGCUGAACAGAUUUGCCUUCAGGCUAAUGAAGAAGUGCUGCGUAACGGAGGUCAACUGGCUACCUGCGCAUUAAGGCCGAUGUACAUCUAUGGAGAGGGCUGUCGUUUUACAUUAGGUCACAUGAGGGACGGGAUCCGCAAUGGAAACGUCCUACUGAGAACCUCAAGUCGUGAGGCAAAAGUGAAUCCUGUAUAUGUGGGAAAUGUAGCCUUCGCCCAUCUGCAAGCUGCUCGAGGCCUCAGAGAUCCUCAAAAGAGGGCAGUGAUGGGCGGAAACUUCUAUUACAUCUCAGAUGACACCCCACCUGUCAGCUACUCAGACUUUAACUAUGCUGUACUCUCCACAUUAGGCUUUGGGAUACAAGAGAGACAUAUUUUGCCCCUUCCCAUUCUCUAUCUUCUGUCGUAUUUUAUGGAAUUACUGCAUGUGGUGCUCCGCCCCUUUUUGAAAUUUACCCCGCCCUUAAAUAGACAGCUACUGACUAUGUUAAACACAUCCUUUAGUUUCUCAUAUCAAAAGGCCCACAGAGAUUUUGGAUAUACCCCUCGCUAUAACUGGGAAGAGGCACGCAGACGUACUACUGACUGGCUAGCGUCUGUUUUAUCUACAGAGAGACAAAGAAUGUAAAGGGGCCAUAUCAUGAAAAUCUGACUUUUUCCAUGUUUAAGUGCUAUGUUUGGGUCCCCAGUGCUUCUAUCAACAUAGAAAAUGUGA